AUGGAGGACCUCAUGGCGCAACAGAAAGUCGCAAUUCAUGCGAUUGAUCGAGCCCUCGACAAUUUUAAGAAAAUCGGCAAAACGAAUUACACACUCGGAGUGGUUCGCAACCGAUUGCUGCAACUCAAAGAGAACUACGCUCGGUUUGAGCUUCUCCACGGCAAGAUUCUGGCUGCCGCCACCAAGGAGUUCAUCGCCACGAGCCGAUACUUCACCGAGGAUCGUUUCGACAAGUGCGAGGAGACGUUCCUGACGACAUCCGACUACAUGGCUGAGUGGAUGAGCAGAUUGGAGUCGCCGCCGCAAGUCAACCCUGGGUCAUCCCCCGUAAGCCAAUGUAAUAUCAGCGCAUCGCCGCGUACCGCGUUUCAGCUUCCGCGCAUUAAUUUACCAAAAUUCGCCGGAGAGUUCCGCGAGUGGGAAGCGUUUCGCGAUCAAUUCACGGCGCUCAUUAUUAACAAUCGUGACUUGUUAGAAGUCAAUCGGUUGCAAUAUCUGCAUUCGUGCGUGAAAGGUGAAGCCAGCGAUGCCAUACGCAAUCUGGCAUUAACGGAUACAAAUUUCAAAAUCGCGUGGAAUUUGUUGCUCGCGCGAUACGAUAAUCACCGACGGUUGGUGCACGAGCACAUACAUGCUCUGCAUACGCUUCCUCCCGCGACCUCAGAUUCCGCCGCCGCUCUCACCGCGUUGCGCGAUAAAGCAAGCGUUUCAAUUCAGUCUCUAAAAAACCUCGGCCGUGCGGUUGACACAUGGGACGACAUGUUGGCUUACUUGCUAGUGCAAAGGCUUGAUAAAGGCACCCGUAAUGCAUGGGAAUUAAAACUUGGAGAUACGUUAGAUUAUCCCACAUACGAGCAGCUUGAUAAUUUCUUAAAGUCGCGAAUACGUGCGCUCGAGAAUAUUCUCCCGGCUUCGCCUCAAGUCAAGGGCAAUAAACAACAUUCCUCAGUUCAAGCUCACGCAGCUAAUGCCUGUGCGAACAAGUGUCCCAUGUGCCAAAAGACGCAUUUCUUGUCCGCGUGUCCGGACUUUUAA